ACCCACCCAACCCUCUAUCUCACCAAAACCAUCAACUCCGCAAGAGAACCAAAAACAGAGAAGAGACGAGAAAACAAGAAGAAAAAUGAUCUCCCUCCCACAGCACACCCCCACCCCCACCCCCAACGCCAGCUCCGUCCCCCAAGACCAACUCACCACAGCCGCCAAUCCCACCGCAACCCCGGCCUCUGCACCGCCGCAGCACCAAGGCCAACAACUGCCCCUGCACCACCCCCGCCUAACAAUCCAAUACUGCACGCAGUGCAAAUGGAUGCUCCGCGCCGCAUACUUCGCGCAGGAACUCCUCUCGACGUUCUCGACGCAGCUGGGCGAGGUGGCGCUGCAGCCGGCGACGGGGGGUGUCUUCACGGUGACGCUGUAUCAUCGGCGGGGGGUGGUGGGAGAAGAAGAAGAUACUGCGGGGAACGGACCGGGACAGCUGGAGGCCGACGCAAUCACCGAGACGGUGCUGUGGGAUCGGAAGCGGGAUGGCGGGUUUCCUGAAGUCAAGGUGCUUAAAUCCCUCGUGCGGAAUGUGGUGGAUCCCGGGCGGGACUUGGGACAUACCGAUCGGGCGUUGAGGAAGGCCCGCGAGCUGGGGCAGCAGCAGCAGCAGCAGCAGCAACAACAAGAAGAAACCCAGGAAAAGGAGAAGUGUGGGGAUUGUCAAUAGACCAAUCUAUAUCAUAUAUAAGUAGUAUCCAGAGUCUCAAUCAAUUCGAAAAAGGUAUAACGGC